ACCAUUGCCCAGACGCACCACUCAUUGGGCUCUAAGAGUAGCAGAAAUGCCACCACGCUUACGAGUCGCUCCAGAGCAGCUGCGGAACGUCAGACCGCAGUAUGUAUGCUGGCAGUGCCGACACGCUUCACUGGCCAGCGCGACUACUCCAGCACCACCCAUUGAGCAGACGGUACAAGCCACCUCGCCCAUUGCGCGCUACCCACCAUCACAGCCACCGUCACAUAAACCUGCCGAGUUCCGCAAAACCCAGCUGCAUCGGCAAUAUCAGUCACUCCUGCGCUCAUCCCCGCUCAUCGUGAUCUUCCAACACAACAAUAUUAAAGCCACGGAAUGGGCGGGCAUACGGCGGGAGCUGACCGCAGCGUUAAAUAAGGUGGAUCAGGAUGUUGCCAAAGAAGGGAACAAUGCCUACACUGGAAGUGCCAUCAAGCUGAGCGUUGUUCAAACCGGCAUCUUCACCUCCGCGUUAAGGGUCGUUGAGUUCUGGGAACCCAAGUUCGAGCCGGAAUCGCCUGCGAUCCAUCCUUCAGACCCUAAAACACGAUCAUCAGCAAGCGUGGAGGAUACGAAGGGCAAGGUGAAUGAUCCUAUCUUUACGCACGGCCUGUCACGGCACGCUUGGUGGCAAGCGAAGAACAAAAGCAAGACGGCCAGACAUGGUCUUGAGCCGCUGCUAUCGGGUCCUCUUUCCCUUCUAACCAUGCCAGAAGUGUCGCCGCAACACUUGAAAGCCGCAUUGUCUAUCCUUGCUCCUUCGCCGCAGUCCCCGGCACCGAAGCGGAGAGCGAACCCAGGGUACUACGAGAAGCCCGUCCAGGAUGGAUUGCAGAAACUGAUGCUUCUUGGCGCACGGGUAGAGGGGAAAGCAUUUGAUGUGGAAGGUGCAAGAUGGGUGGGCAGUAUAGAAGGCGGGCUUUCUGGGCUGCGAGCACAGUUGGUGGCUAUGCUUUCGGGACUUGGAGCGCAGCUCACUAACACGCUCGAGGCGGCAAGUCGGAACCUAUACAUUACGGUGGAGAGCAGAAGAGGCAUGCUUGAGGAGGAACAGAAGGGUAAAGGUGGUGGUAGCAACGGUAACGAUGAGACGGCGGCAGAGAAGGCGGCAGAGAAGGCGGCUUAGUCUCACAUAGAUAGUCCGGAAAUGAUAAUGCUAGAAGCCAUGUUAUUGUCUGUCAUUUAACAACUAUGCAAGAUUCGACACCAAUGUAGACAGUCCCCAGUAACCAGCAGAGUGGCACUGGAGCAAGCGC